ACGAUGGUUGGGACGCGCCCCACCUUCUACUUGGUGCCCGUCACCAAAGCGUUGAGCGAUGCAGUCAUUUCCUGUCAAUAUCCGUCAGCUAGGACUGAGGUAUUGAAAUGCGAGGUCGCUAGUGACUGCAAAGGUGGCAUGGAGGCACCGGAAUACAGGCUCGUCGCCUUGCAGUAUUAUGUUGCAUUCAGAUCCCUUGCGAAAAGCCACUGGGAGAAGUUU